ACGAACCCAAAGAGAUCAUGCGAUGGAAGCUGAGGCACAGAUACUGCAGUGUGGCCCUUUUCCUCAUUGUGCUCGUGUUUGCGGGAGGCCUCGUUAUUCAGGGUCAAUGGCCUAGUCAAAUCACCAAGGAGAUGUCUGCUGCUCCAGAACUCCAAACCAUGAAAACUUUCUCCAACUUCACCAUGAUGAAUCCAACCAAGUUGAGGGAGCUUGAAGAGUCCCCUUCACCAUUAAAUUCAAAUGAAAAUGUCAACUCAGCUUUGGAUGAAAGUUUUCAGCAGGGGUUGGAAAGCUCCUUGCUUUCAAACAUCAGUUCUAGCAAAGAGAUGAGAAUGGCAAGGAUACUUAAAGAGGAGCCAUAUGAGUACAUCCUCAACGAGCCGAACGCAUGUCUGCUGCGAGCUCCUUUCUUAGUGCUUUUGAUUGCGGCUGAGCCCACGAAAACGGACGCCAGGGACGCAAUCAGGAAAACAUGGGCCGAUGAAAGCGUGGCUGGGGGUUUGGGUUUCAUCCGCCUUUUUUUCAUAGGUGUAAAUAAAGACACCCAAAGAAAUGGCAGCAAACUGCAGCACACAAUAGAGUUAGAAAGUCAUCGAUAUCAUGAUAUCAUCCAGCAAGAUUACAGGGAUACUUACAACAACCUUACCCUGAAAACGCUGAUGGGGAUGUACUGGAUCACAAAGUACUGUCCCGAGGCCAAAUACGUCAUGAAGACAGACAGUGACAUGUUUGUCAACACCGAAUACCUCAUAGAAAAACUCCUAAAGCCCAAAGGGCAACUAAGACAGAAGUAUUUCACAGGACUUCACAUGUUAGACUUCUCCCCAAACCGAAACAAAGAGAGUAAAUGGUACAUGCCCCUAGAAGUGUAUCCUGGUAGACGAUACCCCACCUUUUGUUCUGGGACUGGAUACGUCUUCUCCGGCGAUGUGGCUCUAAGGAUAUACGUGGCAUCUCUGACCGUACCCAGACUGCAUUUAGAAGAUGUUUACGUGGGUAUAUGUCUAGCUAAACUGAAGAUAGAACCAACGCCACCACCAAAUGAACUGCUGUUCAAUCACUGGCGAGUGCCCUACUCUAGCUGUAGGUACAGCAACCUGAUCACCUCUCAUGGGUUUCAUUCCAAUGAGCUCAUCCAGUACUGGCAGCAUCUGCAGAGCAACAAGCACAAUCCCUGUCAAACGACUGGGUAG